AUGGGUAGUGUGAGUUUGAACCCAUUGUUCAAGAGUGAACCUUUUGGGUGUUACUACUACAACAACUACUACUACCCUGAGCAGAACAACACCAUGUUGGAGAAGAGACUGGUAUUCCUGAGAAGCUACCAGUUCUGUCGAAAGAAGAGUAUGACAGAGAGAAUCAAAGGGUCUUUGGUUCGUGCCAAGAAAAUCGUGUGGCUAAGGCUCAGGUCUGCUUGCAAACUGAGGAGGUCUUUGAUCUUCUUUUCCAGGUUCAAAUGCGCUUUCUAUUAUCGCAGGAGAAGGUUUUUCCAUCUUCUACACACCAACAACAACCGCAAAACCGAAUCUUCCUCAUGUUUAUGUUUGAAGGUGCUUCUUUGA